AUGGUCGACCUUGGGGAGCAGUUCCAGCUGAGUCGCUGGUUCAACGCCAGCUCCAGUAGCAGCGCGCACUCGACCGAUAGUGAAGACGGUGAAGCUGUCGGAUUGGCCGAUGAUGACGCUGCAACGCCGUCGUCGAGUGUGAAUCUGACCGAGUGCUUCAUCUGCCAACUGCCCAAUCCCGAGUACAUGUCGACGAAUACGGUCAAGAAGGCGCCCCCGGUGCCCGUGUGCUCUGUUGGGUGCGAGGCCAAGUACCUGGAGCGCAAGGGGAUGCGACCCUCAAGCAGUGACGCGAAGAACGCGAAGCCGACGAUCUGUUCCAUGUGCCACGCAGCUGAUUCCGAGUACGCGGUCAGCUGUCGCGGUUCGGUGACGCCCGUGUGCAGCAAAGAGUGCGAAGAAAAGCUUCUGCGUCACAAAAAGCGGCGUGUGGACGUGGAUGGCGACGCGCUGGGUACACGCUCGAGUAUGGAGAACGUAGCACCUGCCAAGCGUCAGCGGCGCACGCUCAACUUCUUGGGUGACCAGCUACUUGGCGACUUGGACGGUACAGGCUAUAAAAGCUGGUGGCUCGGAGCGCUUGCUUUCUAUGACUUUGUGUAUCAACGCCAUGGAAUGUGGCACAGCUACUCGAUUAGCAACGACGUGCCGCGUGUGGACAAAUGCCUGAUUAAAUUUGCAUCUUGCAACAUUUACCGCGAGCUGGACCGCAGCACAGCAUACUUUCGAAAGCAUGUCCUUCGAUGGCAACAAGCCCACCAUGGGCAACUGUGUCUCCGCGAGGUGUUGUGGAUGGCGGUUGUGUUUCGGUAUUGCAAUCAGCUGGAAACCUUUUACAAGCUUAAAGGCAUCCCCUGCUCGGACGACUUUUCUCUAUUCAAGAAGCGUCUACUGGCUAUGGCGAAACGCACGGACGAUUGCGACAUAUUGGCGGGCGGCCGUGAGCUUACUGUGACCACCUAUUUGGAGACGUUGGAGACGUUUUUGCAAAGCAUUGAUGACACGACGAUGUUGGUAAAGGGAUGCACUACAUACGAGGGCGUCUUUGACGCUCUCCGCAAGUUUCAGGACAACGCGCUUGGAUCAUUUACGUGCUGGCAAGUCGUCUGCGAUCUGACGGAACUGCACAUGCUGUCCGAGGAGCUCCCUUUGGACGAGUUCGUCUGGCUCACCUUGGAUGCGAGAAAGAGCCUGGUGCAAAUUUUUGGCAAAAGCCGUGCACGUCCGUCGGAAUACGUCGCGCUUGCACGAUUACUGCAACAGCGCCAACUGCAGGGGUUUAAGGCUCUUCAGGUGAAGUUUCCCUUCUUUAUGAAGCAGAAGCUCGAUCUGAAGAACAUUGGACACGCGCUGCACGGCUUUCAGGUCUACCGCAACAUGAAACUCAUCGAGCAUAAGCAAAUCCACAAGCAGGAGCCCGGCACCUCGCAGCCCACAGUGUACAACUCGCGCACGUAUAUGAUGGACUCGGAGAACUGCGAGAUCUGCUCGCGUCCGGAGAAUGAAGACGAGUUGGUACUGUGUGACAUGUGCCAGCGCAUGUUUCACAAGUGCUGCAUCAACAUGAAGGAGCUACCUCCGGCCUCGUGGGUGUGCACCUCGUGCAAGACGCUCCAGAACUAUCCGCGGGAAGGUCUGCUUGUGGAGCAGGAGGUGAUUUCGAUCGAUUGA